AUGAUUGGUACCGUCGGUAUCAUAUUCCCGAGUAUAACAGCUUUAAUGGGGUUGAUUGGCUGUUUGUGUUUAGCAAACAUGGCCAUAAUUUUUCCCAAUAUUAUAACACUAUUUGUGGAAUAUGAGAGACCAGGCUAUGGGGCCUUAAAAUGGCGAAUUUGGAG